AUGGCCAUCGGGUACUUCGUCCGUUUCGCAGAAACCUAUGGCUCCCUCGAUGACAGCCUCGGGAUAUACAUUAUAAUGGACCUGCUCAUUCUCUGCGCCCCUGCGACCUUCCUUGCCUUCAAUUAUAUUGUCUAUGGCCGCACUAUAGUCCAAUGCAUAGGACGCGAGCAUUCAAUUAUCAGACCGGAGCGCGUUGCACGCAUCUUCGUUAUCAGCGAUAUCUCGACCUUCUUCCUCCAGGCUUCAGGUGGGGGUUUGACAGCCAUGAAUAGCCUGGCGAAGCUUGGCAACGAUAUUGUGCUCGUGGGACUGAUCCUCCAAGCCUUAUCAUAUGUCUUCUUUAUUUUUGUCGCGGUUCGCGCGCACCGUAGCGUUGUGCGAUCCAGCCCUCGAUCGUCGGUGCAUAAAGAAGCAUGGUGGAGAGUACUCUGGGUGUUAUACUUUUCGUCCAUUUUCGUCCUGAUACGUUGUAUAUACCGCAUAGUCGAAUUUGCCCAGGGCUACGACGGGUACCUGGUCACGCAUGAAGUCUACUUUUACUGCCUGGAUGCGCUGCCUCUGCUCAUUGCUAUCUCUGUUUACAUACCCUUCUGGCCAAGCAAAUACCUUUCCCGUGCUUCCGCUGACUAUAUGAUUCCCUUAGGAUCAAUCGCUUCUAUGUAG